AUGGGACAUAGCUCUGUUUAUCACAAGGCUUCAGUUGUGCAAUUCUUCACCAUUGUCUCAUGUCUUCUGGUUCUGUCGUUUCCAGGGUCCGUCGAUGCUUACAAGAACUACACAGUUGGUGAUUCCCUUGGCUGGUUUGAUACCCUCGAAAAGCCUGACGUUGAUUACCGGAAAUGGGCUGAUUCCAACAAGUUUAGCUUGGGAGAUUUCCUCAUCUUCAGUACGGAUAACAACCAUUCGAUAAUCCAAACGUACAAUAUCACCACGUACAAUCUCUGCGAUUACGAUGACGCUCUCCCAAACGACACGAUCCAAUGGUCGGCGGCGGAUCCGUCGUCCACGGCUCCUCAUCCAAUCUCGGUAGCGGUCCCUCUACUGAAAGAAAGGGUGACCUAUUUCUUCUCCGGUGAUUACGACGGCGAGCAAUGCAACAACGGUCAGCGGUUCAAGGUAAACGUGACGCACGGCCGAGGGUUGCCCAAGAGCUUACAAGAUCCACCUGAUGAUGCGCCGGCGCCCAACAGUCCUGAUUUCGAGAGCGAUGAUUCCGUCCCGGAGACCAUCGUGCCGGCGAACUUCGAUCACCCCAUUGGAGAGGAUAGCGAUAAGGAUGAAGCGUCUGGUUCUGGAUCCAUUUCUUUUGACCCCAGAUUCAAUGGCUUCCUAGUGUCGUUACAAAUUGUUUGCAUAAUGUCGAUGCUUUGAUUUUCUUUCUUUAUAUUCUUUCCUUCAUACGAUUUUAGUAGUGAUCUGCGAGUGUACGAGUGCUUAGGAUUUGGUAUAUUUAGUUCUUGUAAAAUAACAAAAACAGUAAUUUAAUAAAAAUAAUUAGUAUCAUAUUAAUUUUUUAAUAUAUUAUUUUCU